CGCCAAGAUUAGACGACAGUGCAGUGCCGCGAUCUCUCUCUCUGCGUUCCAGUCAGCCACUUGAACGGCGGCAUUCGAAUAGGAAUUUAAGCUGUUUUACGUACAUGCACACACACACACACAGACACCUGGAACAAAACCUAAAGGCAUGUUUCAGAAGUGAACAGAAAGAAGUACACAAAACACAUACAAAGUAUCCAUCAACUUCAUCUUUCAUUCCUUCCUUCUAUCAUCAUCUCGCUUUUGCUUUUUUGCAAAGGUGUACUCAUUUGGAGUAGGAUAUAAUAUAUCACUUCCGCGCCUCUGACAAAAAGGCUACUGACAAGAUGACUUCCUCACAAGACUUCAGCUCCCUAGAAGGUGGCAGUAGCAACGAUAGCACAAACGCAUUGCGAUUCUUGAAUCCCGCUAGUGCAAGAAGGACUGAUUCACCCUCAGGUACAGCACCUCCAGCAUCAAAUUCAGAUGAUCGUUCUGCUUUGGCACAAAUCUUGAACGGAAUUGCUGAUAUGCAAAGAGAGCUAUCACGCUUACACAUUCGAAUGGACUCAAUCGAAGAUCGCAAUACCGGCAUGUCACCCGCUCCUUCUCCUCAUAUCAGACCUCGUCCAAUCGCAAGACAACUUUCAAGCAGAAGUAUUCGUUCCACUUCUCCUGACAAAUUGGCUUCCAUCCCUAGCAGUACCACACCUGCCCAUCUUGCCCAAUUGGUCAACGGCGUUUCUGCUCAACCUGCUCCUAUCUUGGCAAAAGAGCCAGAUUUGAACAUGUGGUGCGUCGUUCCUGCAGGUGGUGCGGGAACACGUCUAUGGCCUUUGAGUAGAGAAAGUUACCCGAAAUUCUUGUUGGAUUUGGUCGGGCAAGGUAGAACACUACUGCAAAGCACUUGGGAUCGUCUAUUGCCUCUCAGUGGUGCACGACAAAUGAUCAUCGUCACAGGUGAUGCACACGUAGAUGGUGUGCUGGACCAAUUGCCCGACCUACCCGAUAGCAAUGUUUUGGCCGAACCUUCUCCGAAAGAAUCUAUGGCAGCUAUCGGCUUAGCAGCUGCAGUGCUUUUGAAGCGCGAUCCCGAGGCUGUAUUGGGUUCAUUUGCUGCCGAUCACAUCAUCUCAGGUCGCGAUGCCUUCGAAUCCGCAGUACGUGAAGCUGUAGCCGUUGCAAGGUCAGGCUAUUUGGUCACUAUCGGUAUCGCUCCUUCUCAUCCUUCUACGGGAUUCGGUUAUAUCAAGCUAGGAUCUCCUUUGAACGUUCAAAAAGCACCAAACGCUCGAAUCGUAACCGAAUUCAAAGAAAAGCCAGACGCUCGUACUGCUAGUGCUUAUUUGGCAACAGGUAAUUACAGAUGGAACGGAGGUAUGUUUGUUGUGAAAGCAAAGACUCUAUUGGAUCUCCUCAAAGCCAGUGUACCGGAAUUACACGAAGGUUUAAUGAAGAUUGCUGAUGCAUGGGAUGUGGGAGGUCAACGUGCAAAAGCAUUACACGAUAUCUGGCCAACUCUUCCCAAGAUUGCAAUCGAUCAUGCCGUUGCUGAACCUGCAGCAAAAGCAGGUAAAGUUGCCGUCAUUCCGGCCACUUUCGGUUGGGAUGACGUUGGAGAUUUCUCUUCUUUGGCAGAUUUGAUUCCUGCCGAAAAAGGGGAAGCACGUAUUUUGGGAGAUCAAUCUUUGGUUCUUACCGAAUCACAAGCUGGUGGUUUAAUCGUUCCAGCCGCAGGAAGAACGGUUGCUUGUUUAGGUGUGGAUGACGUUGUUGUCGUUGAUACACCUGACGCACUCUUGAUCACAACUCGUGCAAGAAGUCAAGACGUAAAGAAGAUUGUUGCAAGAUGCAAGAAACAAUUCCCUCAAUUGGCUUAAAAGAUCUGCUUCGCUGGAAUGAAGCCACUGCAACCUGAGAAUCAUCUCUGGACACUAUUCCCUCAUUGUUACAUAGCAUGUUUUCUUUUCUCUAUCUCUGGGGUAUGCUCUCGGUCUCGAGUCUUUGCUGUUAUUGUAUGCAAAAAUUGUCAAUUAAUAUAUUAAACAAUCAAAUGUGCCAAUGGAAGACAUAAUAAGUAGUGUUACACAUGCAAGAGCAAGAAAAAGCGCGAUGCUUCCAUCUAUCUCCUCCGUCCUUUGACAACAGUUGUGAAGCCAUCUUCAUCAACGACUGGCUGAGGACGUUCGCGUGGUUGCUGCUGUGCUGAGCCUUCGCCAUCAACAUCCAUGUUAUCAUUAUGCGAAUGAUCAUGUUCUUCAUCGCUACUGCUAUCGCCACUUCCAUCUUGU